AUGGCCACUCCAAGUGGUGGUGAUUCAUCUACCUCCUUCUACCAACAAGAGACGCUCAAGACCGAGAUCAUUCCUGACUCCAAGUCUUUGGAUCACUUACGACUGUUUGUCGUAUGUGGACGUGGUUGUAAAGUGGAUGAAUUACGGGCACUCUUUUUAACGUGUGGACCUAUUAAACACUUGCAUUUGGCACUGGAUCGAAGCAAAAAGUCACGGGGAUUUGCUUUCUUACAAUACGAAGAUCAAGCUAAUGCAGUUGAAGCGAUUGAAAAGUUGGACCAUAUGAAAAUGGACGAUGGACAUAUUCUCAAGGUGACUAUUGCUAAGGAACGACCAAUGGGCGGCCAUGGCAAAUUAAAACGUAAUCAGCAUGCACAUGACUUGGACGAGAAGAAAGAGAAAAGACUGGACGAAGAUGAUGGAGGAAUUGAGGCAAGACUGCCAGGAAAGAGACAGCGACCAAGUCCACCCGCUGUAGCUCUACCGCUGGAAACGAAUUGCAUGACGCCAGCCGUUUUGCUGGAAAAGCACCGACUUGAAGGAUUUCAAGCUGAUGCGGUAACAAUGGAGAGUUUGAGGACCGAGACGAUGACAGCGAGUCAGCUGCCUUUGUCAUCUCUAGAAGUCUGCAAUGUCGACAUGAUGAAACCUGAUUUGAACCAGAUACAACUACAUCAAGUGGUGCAUGCGAUGGUACUUACAGUAGAGCAACACGAGGCGAACUCUGGAGCAAGCAGGGACCGGCUGUUUACAGUAUACCAGCAGAUAGUAUCGAUGCCAAGUCAAGUGAAGAAGCAGAAAGAACCUGAAGAUCUCAGUGUCGGGUUUUUGAAAUCCAAAGAGAAGACUGAAGAAGAAAACAGUACAGAUUUGCUGGCAUCCAGUAUUAGGUCAGUGUCGCUAGUAUCAACAGCAAUGACUGCUCGAGGAUCUCCGUUUGAUGCAGUACGAACGCUGAGGGUGACAACAAGAGACGGCGGAGUUAUAAUGCCACCUCGCCGCACUAAACAUCAUUUACGCAGGCGACGGCAGAGUUUAGAUAACAGCGAAUCUAGUACAGGGUCAGAUAGCAGUGGCGCCUGCCGCAAGCGAAGCAACACUACAACGUCGUCCCGACAAACGUCAACAGCCAAUCUUUGUGCCAAACCCGAGCCAUUGUCCCCACCGAGAAAGUUUUCCGAUCAAAGUGACAUUCGCUUAUCAGCCGAUGCACUGAAAGCUGAAUUAGCACGGAAAAAGCAAUGUAAAAGACAGUCGUCAGAUAAUGGAAUUGAAGAACCAUAUCGAUUAGCGAAGCAGCAGGCAACUCAGGAGAGGCGCGCUCAUGAUGGCCUGAUGGUAGAUCAGAGGCAUACUCGACCUGGUGCCACCGAUAUAAAUAAGAGCUAUGGAGAGGAUCGGGACAUGAAGCUUAAGUCUAAAUUGGAGUCAGUCGAGCCAGCCCGGACCAAGCUAUUUUUCACGUCGACGUACAAGUUUACGAAGCAGGAACUGGAGGCUAUGUUUGUGGUAUACGGUGAUUUUGAAUCAGCACACCUUGUCAAGAGUUUCGGCCGCGUUAAAACCAUGGCUUAUAUCCAUUAUUCAAAGCCUUGCACUGCAGCGCUCGUCGUCAAGUCAUUUCGGGAGGAAUUGUCACAGGGGGACCAAAAUCGGGAACGACCUGAAUUCAUGACACUGUCAUUUGCACAUGAAACUGGCGAAUUACAAUUGCAGCAGCGGGAGAAACCUGUACAAUCCCACGUUGAAAGAGCGUUGGGUUGCUCGACGGCGUUAUAUUCCAGUCUACCAAACAGUCCGGUGCCAUCCACAUCGACCAACCACCUUUCCUCAGCUGGAAAAGACCGCCUUUGGGUGCUAUUGUUAUACGAUCGGUAUUUAGCAACCCAUAUGUUAUCGUCAGUGGUUUCAUCGUUGUCGGGAAUGGAAUACAUGGAUAUUAAGGUUGUUAAGAGCACCGGCGAGGCACAAGGAGUGGCAUUUGUAAAGUUUGAUUCUGACACAAGUGCUACACAGGCGGCUCUUCAGCUUCAUCAAAUGGAGUUACCACUCGGUUCCGGCAAGUUUUUACAAGCAAUUGUGAUUCUGGCGCCGAGUCUGUUCAGCACCACCCAUGGAAACGGUUCAACUAGUACCCAAGAGUCGUUGCGACUCGACCAUGCUGCAGAUGAACGAGUUGUAACGGGGUCAUCUGAAGAUGUAGAUUUGCGCGCUGUUGAGGCGCGCUUUGCGCAUCUGAUGCGAAGUACCGAGCUUCCGUACACAAGGGAGGGACCCCACUUCCACCACUAUUCUAGCCCACCUUUUCCAAGACGGGCUACACCGAGUGACCAUGAAUUGCCGAUGGCAGCCGGCGUACUCUCGCAUUCAAGUGAAUUUCAUACUGGUGUAUCUACGGGCCUGGAAUAUUAUCCGAUGCAGCCUGUGACAUAUCCUCCACCUCCUCUCCCACAAACUUUUCAGCCUUAUGCUACCUUCGGACUGGAGACCUAUCACCAACUGCCCCAGUAUCGAGGCUUUGGAGGCAAUGCAUCUGGUUGGAUGGAAACGAUACCGUAUUAUCAAGGUGGAGCUCAGCAGUAUCCGAUUUCGUGUGCACUAGAACAAGAAAUGGCGUUUCCUGUCGUCGAUAAUACGGCAAGGGCAGGAAACUCUUGCACUGUUUCUCCUAAAUUGUUUUCUACGUCGGAGAAACUGGACGCCGAAGACGCUAAUCGUAACUGCAGCAACCAGACCUCUUUUUCUAUCCAUGUAUCAACCUGUGAGCCGUUAGAGCUUGUCAAUUUGGUCAGCGCAGUACAGGACUGUCCUGGGGUGGUAUCGUUUGCAAAGGAUGCUGUGGCCGAGUCUAAGCUGACUGGUUAUACGGUGGAAUUUUCAAACAAAGUGCAGGCCCUGGAGGCCCAGCGCAAAUUGGAUGGCACAAUGUGUGGAGGCCAGAUGCUUCGAGUUGCAAAAAAUACAUUAACAAGACAGCGAGGAAGUGGAGGUGGUGGAAAAGCCCGAGCCGGCUCCGGGCGUCGUAAGCGGCAGCGGGUUGACCCACGAACUCGAAAAUGA